AUGAAGGAAUCAACGCUCCUCACUGCUGUCGCACUUUUAGCCUGGAUCCUUCCCGAUUCUGCCUCUGGUGACCAAGAACUAGCUCAGAGAAGGUUACAGGAAUGCGAAGAAUCCUGGACAACGCGAAAACUUGGCGAGCGCACCGCGGCCCGACGCGCUGAAGCCAUCGAGAAAUUGCGCAAGCAACGCCGCCAGCGUCGUCUUGAAGCCUCGAAGUACCAUUCGACAACCUCGGUUAAUGUCACCACAACGGGCGCCGACCUAUUUGGCAGCAAUACAUUCACCACUGUGCUGCCAGAGGUCAUCAGAGGACCUUACUCCAUCAGGGGCAACCUGGUCCGCGACGACAUGAGAGAAGAUCAGAAGGGCGUUGACAUGCACAUUAAUGUGCAAGUCAUCGACGUGAGCAGCUGCGGCCCGGUGGAAGGCAUGCACGUGGAGUUCCAGCACGCGAAUGCGACUGGAGUCACCUCGGGCGUCGUGGUCAUCAUGAACGGAGACAGUGGCGACAUGAGCAAUCUCGACGCGACUUUCUUACGUGGAGCGACCCCCACAGACGCAGACGGAGUCGCUCGAAUGCUCUCGAUCUUUCCAGGUCACGAAUUCGGCCGCGCUACACAUCUGCACUUCAUCGGCAACUACGGCGGCGAAGUGCUGGCGAACAAGAGCUACGUGGGCGGGUCUUUUUCACACGUGGCGCAGCUUUUCUUCGACCAGGAGCUUGUCACGUCGGUGGAGGCACUAGAACUCUACUCGGUGAAUAUUGAGCCGAUAUCGCUCAACAAGGAUGACUACGUUUUCCAGCAAGCGGUUGCUAACGGCGACGACCCAGUCAUGAUCUACGCUUUGUUGGGAGACUCGGUGGCUGAUGGGUUGUUUGUGUGGAUCUCGGUGGCGGUGAACUUGUCGGUCGAGCAUGACCCGAUGGCGAGUGCUCUGAAUUCUUCGACUUCGAGCAUGUCAACCAGCGGAAGUUCUGUCGGCGAAAGCGCAGCCAGUAUUGCCACAGCCACCUCCAAUAUAGCAUCUACUACGUGCAAGGGUGGCGUGUUUGUGACUCUCAUUAUUGCUGUGUUCGCGCUGAUUUUCCAGGAGCUAAGCCACACACUAAAGUAA